GUCAUAUAUUCUUUGAAUGACUCAUUUGCUUAAAUUAAAAAGACCUCGCAUUUUGCGAAUCAGCAGGUGAUUUAUUUUGUUUCAAUUACAAGAUGCCAGCUGGAAUCAGAAAACUAAAUAAAGGUAUCAAAAAUAUUCGAUUGAAUGAGAAUAACAAUGACAAAAAUAAAGAAGAUUCACAUUUGAAUGAGGAUUCAAAUUUAAAAUCAAUUCAAUUCAAAGCAGAAUUGGCAUGGUGUCGAGAUCACAUAAAAAAUGAAUUCGAUAAAGCUAAAAAUGAACGUCGAAAAGAAUCCCUAUGGAAAGCUUAUAAUAUCCUGAACAAUGAAAAGAUAUCAAUCAUUCGAAAACGGCAAGUAAUGAAUCAAUUUUGUGGUGAUUAUCGUAAACAUAUGAACGAUGAGAUUGCCCGAAUAGUUUGUCAAACUUUUAUCGUAAAUGUACGAAAUAUGUCUAAAAUUGUAAAGUCGUCAUUAUCAUCAAAUGAUCCACAAAAUGAGCUCAAUUAUAUUUUCUUACGGAAACAUGAUAAAUUAAGAAAAAAUUGCAAAAUAUUCCAAGAAUCGACUUGUGAUUUUAAAUUAGAUUUGCCCAAUUAAUAUGUGCCAUUGUAACUGUUUUUUCAUUUAUUGUUUCAUUUUGUAUCCAAUUUAUUACACAUACCUACAUUUUUCUUAUUCACAAUCAUCAAAAAUCCAUUCAUUAUA